GGAACGGUGGCCCUGCUUCAGUAGCGCCAGCGGCGCAGCCUGUCACCGACCGACGGCUCCACUCCACGGCUCUCGACUUCUGCAGCGGCGCACACGUUUUCCGCAGCGCCGGCGACGGGGUGGGGGUGAGGCUGUGGUGAGGAGUGUGCCAGCCCUCCGCCGAAAUUUCCCCCGCGCGGGCGCGGUGCGGGCCGUCUCUUAGCGACGGCAGCGCUGUAGCGUGCGGGGUUGCCGGGAUGGCUUAGUGCUGUGCCGCGCAUGGUCGCGGCCGUUAUGCUGCCGCCGUGCACCCGCGAUAUGGAGGUGCCCCCAGACCCUGGGAUCCCGCCAAGACUCGGCCGCGAGCGCACCGUGAGGGCGGGUGAGGGGAGUGCUGCUGCCGCCGCCGCCGCCGCCGUGGAGCUGCCGUGGGGGCUGCGGCCGGUGCUGUGUCGAAAAGCCCUACGCGAGCGGCGCCGCGGGAGCGACUGCUUCCCUACUGACUGCCGCGAUGCCGGUGAGCUGUACCGCAGCCUGGCCCCUCAGCUGGAUGGCCCCGUGUCCCGCGGGAGGCGGGAGGAAGAGCCUGGAGCUGAGCCUUUGCCACCCACCGGCAGUCAGCAGCCGGUUGAUGAGGGCACGGCGCCGCUGCCCUCCUCUCAGCCCGGCGGCACCGGCCUCAAGUUCGGGCUGCUGGCGCCGGAACUGCACGCUCGCCUGCUGGAUCAGGACUACAGGAACCGCACACAAGCGGUGGAGGAGCUGAAGAGGGUGGUUGAAGAUGCCAGCCAGGUCGCGGUGACCUCCGUGCCUGCCCCCAGCAUCCUGGGGUUCAUCGGCCUUCUCUGCACUCUCCUCAGUGACUUCAACUUCAAGGUGGUGCUGGGAGCAUUGGAGGUGAUCUGUCUGCUGGCUCUGCGCCUGGACAACCGGGUCAAGGACUUCCUGACGCCUCUGUUCUCUGCUGUUACUAAAGUCCUGGGGGACAGCAAGCUGGCCGUUCGGCAGGGUUACAGGCGCCUACUCCGGUGGCUCAUGAAGGCAGUGGGUCCUCAGCAGGUGCUGGACUUGCUGCUGCAGCAGGAGUACCGGCAGCACAAGAACUCCAAAGUCCGUGAGGAGGUGAUCAACAUGUGCAUUGUGGCCCUCCUCACGUACCCGAGUGAAGAGCUGGAUCUGGGCAAGCUGGCGUUUGAGCUUGCUCCAGCACUGGUGGACAACAAGCACAGGGUCCGGCAUGCUGCCAUGGAAGCUUUUGCUGUGCUGGCGUCUGCCAUGGGCCCAGGCAAAACCACCCUUCUCUUCAAGGCGGUGGAUGCUGUGGAACUGAAAGACAAUGGGGAUGGUUUGAUGCAUGCAGUGCAAGCUAGGCUGGCCAGGAAGAUUUUGCCAAAGCUUACUGACCAAGGGUUUGUAGAGUAUGCUGUGCCCUUGCCAUCAUCUUGUCAUAACAGGGAGUCCUGUUUACCCCCAGGAGCAGAUACAGACUGGCUCUUGAUGUGUGACAGGACUCGGAGCGCACACAGCUACCGCGGGUAUGAGGUGAAGGUUGAUGCUCUGCAGAAUUCCAGUUCUCACAGUGCGGGUGCCAAUCAAGUAGCACGUUCAAGAAAAGUCUUGAGUACAUAUAAAAUUGAAAACAAACUGCCUUGGGAAAACAAGCAUGCUGAAGACAAGGAAGUUGGUUCAGGAGUCAAGAUGCCUGUAGCAAAGGGUGUGGAGCAGUUCCCUACAUCCAGUGAUUUACUUCAUUUUCCAGAGUUAAGGCCCUCUCAAGGAGUACCAGUCAGUGAUGAGUUACAUUUUAGUAGAAAAAGAACUUCAGGGAAUUUCAUUCAGAAUAGCAUAGAUUUUAACUCAGAGCAUUCUUCUGUCUGUGCUGGUCCUGUGGGCUCUCAUCAGCCGCAAAUAUCAGGGAAAUGUGGAAAACUUGGAUACACACAGACACGUGGAAAGAGUGGUAGUGUAGAAUCUGAUCUACAAUUUUUAGGAUUAAGUAACUGUCAGCAAGACAAAGGUUGUACCAGCCUAAAUUUUUCCAGCAAGACCCAGAGAAGUUUUUGCAAUCAAGCAGAGAAUACAGUGCCCUUCCAAGGUCCUAAUGCAAGCCAGGACACCUUCACUCUGCCAACUUGCCCUCUGUCAUCACCCAGGAACAGCCCAAAGCACGUCUCCUCCCCAGCUGACUCUCCAAGGAAGUCACAAGGGGAGAAUUUGCAGGAGAAACGUGCUCCUCUGCAGCUGAAACCCAUCCUGGUGAGGCAGCCAGCCCCCUGCAGGCCCCUGAAUGGGACAAAACCCAUCCCUCCCAUUCCCCGCCUGCUGCCAGAUAAGGUUGAAUUAAAUUUGACAAAGCAGAGAAAGGAAGAGUGCAAGGACAUGAGGCUGAAUAAAGCAGAUGGGAAGCUUGCAGCAGCUGAUCUUUCAGAGUUAACUGUGGAUGGUGAGGAAGUGGACCAGGAAGAGUUCCCUACAUCCAGUGAUUUACUUCAUUUUCCAGAGUUAAGGCCCUCUCAAGGAGUACCAGUCAGUGAUGAGUUACAUUUUAGUAGAAAAAGAACUUCAGGGAAUUUCAUUCAGAAUAGCAUAGAUUUUAACUCAGAGCAUUCUUCUGUCUGUGCUGGUCCUGUGGGCUCUCAUCAGCCGCAAAUAUCAGGGAAAUGUGGAAAACUUGGAUACACACAGACACGUGGAAAGAGUGGUAGUGUAGAAUCUGAUCUACAAUUUUUAGGAUUAAGUAACUGUCAGCAAGACAAAGGUUGUACCAGCCUAAAUUUUUCCAGCAAGACCCAGAGAAGUUUUUGCAAUCAAGCAGAGAAUACAGUGCCCUUCCAAGGUCCUAAUGCAAGCCAGGGCACCUUCACUCUGCCAACUUGCCCUCUGUCAUCACCCAGGAACAGCCCAAAACACGUCUCCUCCCCAGCUGACUCUCCAAGGAAGUCACAAGGGGAGAAUUUGCAGGAGAAACGUGCUCCUCUGCAGCUGAAACCCAUCCUGGUGAGGCAGCCAGCCCCCUGCAGGCCCCUGAAUGGGACAAAACCCAUCCCUCCCAUUCCCCGCCUGCUGCCAGAUAAGGUUGAAUUAAAUUUGACAAAGCGGAGAAAGGAAGAGUGCAAGGACAUGAGGCUGAAUAAAGCAGAUGGGAAGCUUGCAGCAGCUGAUCUUUCAGAGUUAACUGUGGAUGGUGAGGAAGUGGACCAGGAAGAGAAUAGAGUUGCGUUGUCAAAAUGUGCCCAGGAUAAGAUGAAGCGGAAUGGAAGAAAAGAAAAGGAAUACAAUCAUAAAGAAUAUCAGGUUGUCAAAGACCUUGGAGGAAAGGAUCAAAAACCUGGGGAAAACCUUGAACCGAAUGAACCAGAGAUAAAGACAGCAGAAAAUGAAAUUUCUGUUAGGGCACAAGAAUACUGUAAAGAAAGGAGGCCAUCAGUCACAGGAUUAAUGAACACAUCGGAACUGUUGCCCUUCUCAAAGCCGGAAACGGCACUGACAGAAGCCUUGACACUUCUAGCUGCAGAUGACUGGGAGAAGAAAAUGGAAGGUCUGAACUUCGUUAGAUGUUUGUCUGCCUACCAUGCGACUAUUCUGACUGCAAAGCUACAUGAAACAAGCAUUGCUGUGGCUCAAGAGGUCAAGAAUUUACGCUCAGGUGUUUCUCGAGCUGCUGUGAUCUGUUUAGGGGAUUUGUUCACCUACCUGAAAAAGAGCAUGGAUCAAGAACUAGAUUAUACAGUCAAAAUCCUUUUGCACAAAGCUGGUGAAUCCAACACAUUUAUAAGGGAAGAGGUAGACAAAGCACUGAAGGCUAUGGUUAAUAAUGUGACUCCAGCACGUGCACUUUGUGCUCUUAUAGAUGGAGGGCAAAGCCACCUGAAUUCAGCUGUGAGAAGCUGCACAGCUCGGCACCUCUCAGACACUGUAGAACAUAUGGGCCUGGACCGGAUUCUGUCUAAAAUCAAAGUUGUCGCUGAUAGGCUUUUCCCUGCAAUAGUCAGGUUUACACAGGAUAGUUCACAACAAACAAGGUAUUAUGGUCAAAAGAUGCUCUUCAGUAUGAUGACUCAUCCUGAUUUUGACAAAACAAUUGAGAAGUAUGUGUUGACCAAGGACUUGCCUUAUAUUAGGAAACAUGUUGCCCAACUACGUGAAAAGGGUUUGGGUGGGCUGCCAUUAGAUACACCCUCAGCAAAAGGAAGACAUUCCCAUACUCGUAGCGUUGGACGUUUGAGAGAUACUAUCAACAUCACUGACAGAGAGACUACAGAAGCCUAUGAAGUCAAAAGAAAAACAGCUCCCCGUAAUUUACUAGAAAAUGAAGAAUAUGUUAAAGACAUUACAGGUUUAUUGACCGCAAAGGACUUCCGUGAUCGAAUACGUGGCAUUAAGCAGUUGUUACUUGAUGCAGAGCAUAACCAAGGCUUUGUUGUUGCAAACAUCGUGAAGAUUUUUGAUGCUUUCAACUGUCGCUUAAAUGACUUAAAUGGCAAAGUAAAUCGGAUUGCUUUGGAGACGAUGCACCAGAUAAUUCCGUUGCUGAAAGACAAUUUAUCACCUGUGAUCAACAUGUUAAUUCCCGCCGUGGUUGACAGCAACCUGAAUUCCAGAAACCCAGGGAUUUAUGCAGCUGCCAAAAAUGUUAUUCAAGCUCUGUGUCAACACCUAGACAACUACUUGCUCCUUCAGCCAUUUUGCACAAAAGCCCAGUUUCUAAAUGGAAAAGCCAAACAAGACAUAACAGAAAAGCUUGCUGAUAUUGUGAGGGAGUUAUACCCACGGAAGCCUAAGAGUGUGGAGCAGAAAGUUCUAGUUGUCCUUUGGCACCUUCUGGGAAACAUGACGAACAGUGGCUCUUUGCCUGGGACUGGAGGGAACAUUCGGACAGCCACAGCAAAACUGUCAAAAGCACUUUUUGCACAGAUGGGACCACGUCUCUUAACUUGUGCUGCAGCUCAGUCACCACACAUCAAGAAGACUUUAGAAGAACUUUUGGAGGCAGAAAGCUAAAGUAAUGAUUCCUGUGCGUGCAUGAAGCUCCAUCAGCUGCUAGGACAGAUGGACUGCUGUUUAUGUGGAAACACUCCACACCAUCGCCUGUUCUUUUAUUGUGCUGGUGUCUGUAGUGGAGAAAGGUCGUCACUGGAAGAGCAUGGAAGGUGCUGGGAUGGGGAAGUCACCCCUGCUCUCCUUCACUAGAAGCCACGGCACAGCGCCCUAGGUCUAGUAAUAGAUGGUUAAUGAAUAAAUACAUCUGACAUGUUUUGACUUGGUUUUAGCACCGAGCUUUACAUUGGUAAGUGGAAGAAAAUCCUGGAGACAGUUAAAUAGCACAGCAGGGUUUGGUGUGGCAGUUAUGAAGAACGUGUAUUUUUAUAACUCCCCUCUGCAGUUGUGCGGUAUUCGCGUUCUGUGCCUGCUGGUACGGUACUGUAACGUUGCUUGCUGGCUGUGCAUGCUCAUCGGUACGGAACGCACGGCUCCGGCAGCUCGCAAGGAAGCACGGGCUCGCUGUAAGGAAAAAGAGCCUUUUCCCUUUCCUUUCCCCCGGAAGCACUGGUAAAGCGGAGGCCUCGGUACCCGCCCCGUCCCCCACCUCCGUUACUGUCGCGUUUUACACGGGAACCUGAAGCAAAUAAAGGAAUUUAUUUCUGUA